AUGUGGUCUUCUUUAGAAGCAAGGGGUGGAAACAAUAGUGAAAUUACGCUCGAGGAUCUUUACCAAUUCCAUCUGGAACACAUAAACGACCAGGAGGGCGACCUCCAGGCCCUAUGGCCUAUUCUUCGCGCCUUUGGAUUUAACAGCCGUCUACAUUUACAACACGCAAUACCAUACAACUUAACUAUUUCGGCCAGAAUGACGGAAUCAAAGGUCCGGGUAACAGUGGAACACAUCUAUCGUGAGCUUUUUGGUUGCGAUGACGUGGAACACUACCUGGCCAGAUGGAUUACCUCCACAACUGGCUCCACCGGUGACCUCUUUCAAGUUCGCCUCAGCGGUGCGGCUAACGCCAAGUUUGGACCCGGUCUCCUGGUAAAGACCAGUCCAGUUUGCAAGCCUCCUCCUCCUCAACCACUCGCUGAUGCGCUGGAGUACACUGUGGAGCGUUUAUGCGCCGGAUCACAGGUGAGAAAAUGA